AUGGCUACGUCAACCUCCACCACAUCACAGAUAAAUGCCCUCAAGAUUUACACCGCAUGUGACAUCGCCGAUGCUCUCCUCAAGCUCAAAGUUCCCAAUGCAGGUUUCAUUGCCGAUCUUGGCCUCCGAACCGCCAGUUUACGAACUGCAUCAAAGAACGAGAUUACCAUUGCGCCAGCUUCAACGGUGCUAUUCGCUUCGAAAGUAGGCAAGGAUGCUGCUCAAUUGCCCGAAGGAAAUAUCCCAUCUGGACAGCAUUACGUUGAUCUGACACAAUCAGACUCUAUUGUGAUUUUAAGCCAGCCCGAGGAUCAAAAAUGCGCUGUCCUUGGGGGCAUCAUGGCGUUGAGAAUGAAAGUCUUGAAUGCUAGAGGUAUCGUUGUUCAUGGAAGGGUGAGAGAUAUUGAAGAGCUGAAAUCGACUGGUUUGCCGAUCUGGAGCACUGGAACGUCAGUCGUUGGAGCCAAUGCAGAAGCAAAGCCUCAUGCAAUCCAAGUCCCCCUAAAUAUCGACGGUACUCUCAUCAACCCAGGAGACCUCAUUUUCCUCGAUGCUGUCAAUGGUGUUGUUGCAAUACCGCAAGACAAAGUAGCUGAUGUCAUUGAACUACUACCAAAGCUCGUCAGCGCAGAUGAUCGCGUGAAGGAAGAUGUGGAACAGGGAGUGUCAGUAAACGACGCUUUCAAGAGGCAUCGUGGUUAG